UUCAUAUUAUAAAAGCCGGGUCGGGAUCAACUUAAGGCAUAAUUCAGUUUCCAUCAGCUGAGAUAGGAGUGUGAAUUUAUUGUACAGUGGAUAUUUGGUUCUGUCAAAAACAUUAGAUCUAGGGUAGAGAGAUAGUUCGUGAGCUAUUCAGCCAUGAAGGUCCUUUGCUUGUCUAUUGUGUUGGCGGUGGUUGUCAAUGAAGUCUACGGUGGAUUUGGAGGCGGUGGAUACGGAGGCGGUGGAUAUGGAGGCGGAGGUGGUUGGAAGAGUGGCGGAUUUGGCGGGGGUGGCUAUGGAGGAGGCGGUAGGAGCUAUGGAGGAGGCGGCUGGAGCAGCGGAGGUAGCGGCUGGAGUAGCGGAGGUGGAGGCUGGAAAAGCGGAGGCGGUUACGGAGGCGGUUAUGGAGGCGGUAGCGGCUGGAAGAGCAGCCUAGGCGGUUUCGGGGGCGGCAGUGGUUGGAAGAGCGGUUUUGGAGGCGGCGGAUAUAGCGGAGGCGGUGGAUACAGCAGUGGAUGGAAGCCUAGUUUCGGAAAGAGUUUGGGUGGAUGGAGCGGAAGUAGCGGUGGAUAUGGAGGUGGAUAUGGAGGUGGAUAUGGAGGUGGAUACGGAGGUGGGCAUGGAGGUGGAGCCCCUAUCAUAAAGAUCAUCAAGGUUAGCAGCGGAGGAGGUGGAUACGGAGGUGGAGGCUACGGAGGAGGCUACAGCGGAGGUCACGGAGGAGGUUGGAAGUCGUCGGGAGGUUUCGGAGGAGGAAGCUAUGGAGGUGGUUACGGAGGAGGUAGCAGUUAUGGAGGCGGUGGAUGGAAGUCAGGAGGUGGUGGAGGUGGUUGGUGGUAGAAGCCCACGAACAAAAACCAAAAAAAGAAAUCACCAAAUAUUUUUCAACCCACAUCAUCAUCACUCGCCAUUUUUUUACAAUGAUUUUAAUCGAUAACAUUUCCACUGACAAAAUCCAGAGACAUGUGAUUAUUAGAAGGAGCUAUCAAUAGUGAUAGAAUUUGUGAUUAUUUUUGUACAGUGUAAAUUAAAGCGGAUAUUUUUACAAAA